CUCGUCUUGACCAAUCCCGUGCGGCGGUGGGUGGGCCGUCAUUGAAGAUGCGUUGAGGUGAUGAGGGCGGCAUGUGGAGCCCAGAAGUGUGGGGACUCGAGAGUUGCUCGCCGAGCUCAAAGUUGGGCAGCCUUUUUUGAUUGUUAGUGAACAUGAGCACCGUAUCUUGCAUUUUGGCGCUCGGGUUGUUGAGCUGCGCGCUCGGCGCACAUUUCCCGGAGGACGAGAAGAUGUCAGCUCUGAGGAGGCUGCAGAGAGAGCUCGGCAGUGAUGAGGAGCGACUUAGUUCAGAGAGGACGGAGCUCUCGAAGCGCAGCGCAGGACUGAAUGAACAGACGUGCACAGCGCUGCCUGGAGUGGAGGCAACCCUGCACAACAACUCCCACUCUUUUACCUUCAAAGUGAGGACCAUGGGGUCACUGUCCCUGGCCUGGGUUGGAGACGGAUCAGGGGUGCUGCUGGUCUUGACAACAUUUCAGGUGCCGUUGUUCAUGAUGCGUUUUGGCCAGUCGAACCUCUACAGGAGUGAAGACUACGGGAAGACGUUUAAAGAUGUGACUCACCUGAUCAACCACACCUUCAUCCAGACUGAGUUCGGCAUUGCCAUCAGCCCUGACCACUCUGGAAAGGUGAUGCUCACUGGUGAUGUGUCAGACGUUGGUGGGUUUCGACUGUUUCGCUCACGGGACUUUGGCAUGACCUUUGUUCCUACUGACCUGCCAUUUGAGCCGCUCAUUCAGAUGCUGUACAACCCUGGGGACUGCAACACACUCCUGACACUCAGUAUCACGCUGGACCUGUGGCUGUCUGAGGACUUUGGUGCCACCUGGAGGAAGAUCCAUGACAGUGUUUGUUUGGUCAGAUGGGGUCCAAAAAACAGCAUCUACUUCACAACAAACUACAACGGAUCAUGCAAUGACAGAGGAAUGUUGGAGCUGAGGAAGACAGCAGACUAUGGUCGAAGUUUCCAGACCAUUGCAACAAGAGUUUACUCUUUUGUGCUCGGAGGGCGCUUUGUUUUUGCUUCCAUCAUGACUGGCACAGGAACAGAACGUAUGAUCCACGUGUCAGUGGACGGAGGCGAGGUGUGGAACAUGGCUCAGCUUCCUACAGUCAACCACGAGCAGUUUUACUCCAUCCUGUCAGCCAAUCAGGACAUGAUAUUCAUGCAUGUGGACGACCCCGGAGACUCUGGUGUUGGAACCAUCUACGUGUCGGACGACAGAGGAGCCGUGUUCUCCAAGUCUCUGGAGCGCCAUCUUUACACGACCACAGGAAGUGACACUGACUUCACCCCCAUUAGCUCGCUCAGGGGCGUCUAUUUGACGAGCAUACUCACAGAGGAUGGUUCAGUUGAGACAGUGAUCACCUUCGACCAAGGAGCAAACUGGCAGACGCUGCGCAGACCAGAGAACAGCCACUGUGACACUGAGACCUCUUCGAACAGAACUAACAGAUGCAGACUCCACAUCCACGCCUCCUACAGCACCACCAUGAAGAUGAACGUCCCCAUUCUGCCUGUCUCACAGGCCAACGCUGUGGGCCUCAUUCUGGCCCAUGGCAGCGUUGGCGAUGCAGAGUCAACUCUCUCCCCUGAUGUGUAUGUGUCUGACGACGGUGGCUACUCAUGGCUGUUGGCUCUCAAGGGUCCCCAUCACUAUGCUAUACUGGACUCUGGAGGGCUACUGGUGGCAGUAGAGCACACCAACUCACCUGUCAAUCAAAUCAAAUUUUCCACAGACGAAGGGCAGUGCUGGCACACGUACAACUUCACCAACGACCCACUUCGCUUCAGCGGUAUGGACAGUGAGCCCGGCUCUCGCUCCAUGAACGUCAGCCUAUGGGGCUACAGGAACAACUUCAGUAAAUGGGUGGUGAUCACCAUAGACUUCAGGAAGCUCCUCAGUAGAGACUGUACUGAGGGAGACUAUGUAGAGUGGCUAGCUCAUUCUGCAGACACCAGUGGAGCUAAUGAUGGCUGUGUGCUGGGCUUCAAAGAAACCUUCUUACGCCUGAGGAAAGACUCCGUCUGCUGUAAUGGGAGGGAGUAUGCUGUCACUAAGAAGCUGUCCCCCUGUCCAUGUACAGUGAAUGAUUAUCACUGUGACUUUGGAUAUUACCGUCCAGAGAACAGCUCAGAGUGUGUGCUGCAGGAGGAGCUGAAGGGCCGUCCUCUGGAGUUUUGUUUAAACGGGACCACUGAACAGCUACAGACCAGUGGCUACCGAAAGAUUCCAGGAGACCAGUGUGAGGGAGGUUUCCAGCCAGACAGGAAGGAGACAGACCUGAGAAGGAUGUGCACCAGCAACGCCCUUUCUCCAAAUUCUCUGAUUGAACACAGUUCACCGAGCACUGCUGUCGUGGUGAUAUUUGUCAUCGCGAUCCUCCUGAUCAGUGCUGUUGCAGGCGUUUGGCUGGUUAAGAAAUACAUCUGUGGAGGACGGUUCCUUGUGCACCGAUACUCUGUUAUGCGAGAACACGUUGAGGCUAAUAAAAUAGAAGGAGUCGAUGAUGUUGACACGCACUACAUGGAGACAGGAAAAGCACAGUACAAUGAAGACUCCGAUCAGGACCUCUUAGAAUAAGGUGGAUGUUUCUCCCCACUUAAAGGCUCCUCAAGACUAAAUUUAACGCAGUCUUUUAUGAUGCCUGGGCACUCUUGUUGCACCCACAUGCUGAUUAACAUCUUCCUCUCACUUCUCCCUAUUCCCUGGCGGCUGGAGGACUCAGCAGCCAGUUGAAUCUCCCACAAGAAGGCAAACUGGCAGUUUAGGGAGGGGGACAACCCCAGCGCAGAACAGAAGAAGGCCUCUGGGGUCCCCCGGAGAGCCUUUGUUGUUUCUGUCACAAAGAAUUCUGUAAAGGCCAUCGAGUCUGAAUAUGUGCUCUGUAUGUUUCCUUCCAUGCUGGCCUGAGAAAGAUGGUCUUUGCUGUCGUGAUGCACUGCAGAGGCAGCACACACAGGCUACAACUUGGGAUAUGUAGAGAAAGUUAAAGAAGAGCCAAGCAACAGAACAGAGGAAGCAAUAAUGAGUAUUUUAUGUCUGCUGUCAAUUAAGUAGUUUUUGUACUUGGUAAAUUUAAAACUUGCAAGAUACAGUGCUGUUGUGCAUGGGGGGCCACUGUAACAUUAAUUUUGACAGUUUCACUCAUCACUAUAAAUAGGAGCUUCCACGUUAUUAAAGACUACUCACAGUGAGUCACUAGUUCUUCGUUUUAUUAGCGAGAGGGAGUGAGUUUUACAGGUAAAAAGUGGCCACGAUUUUCAAAUAAUCAGGUGAUGCACUUUAGUUACGAACUUUACAGUACACUAUAAUAGCUUAGUUAUGUAACACCAACAACUAUUUAGUAGAAACAAUUACCUUUUUUAUUUUUGACCAUUUUAACUUUUGAAAGUAAUGAAUAUAUAAUUUUACAAAUAUUUUAAUAGUCCAAUAUUAUGUAAUUAUGUAAUCGCUCAACAUUUUUGGUUUAAGCAUUUUAAUUAUUAUUGAAUGGUUUAAUUGAUAGUAUCAUCACUAAAAUUUAAGUGUAACCCGGAAAACAAAAUGCUAAUACUUAUACUUUUUUGCUGUUGAAAAUACAAAAACGUUAUUAGUUAAAACCAACUUAGUGACCACUAGUUCUUAUUUUUAAGGAGACCUAAUGCUUUUUUUUUUUUUUAAUUUUAACUCUCCUUGAGUGUGUUAAAUAUGCUUGUUCUUGUAAAAGAUGUUGAAAGUUUGAAAGGUCAAAGUCCACACCAACAGAAGCUCCUCUCUCCCACAGAUAUCACUGAUCCUGAAACGCCUCAUCAGUAGCCCCGACUUUAAUUUUUUUACUUUGACAUGUCACCAUGUCACACAUUUCCAUAAUGUAUGCCUAGCAGCUAAUUUGGCCGUAAGAACUGAUAUGGCGCAGCUGCUUUGUAGGUAAGAGCAGUGCUGGCUCAGGCGUGUGUGUGCUGACCAGUCAGAACACGUAAGGGGGGCCUGAAAGCAAAAAAGUCUUUCAGACACAGCAGGGAUGUAGUGCUGCUGCACCGGACAGUAUGAGACAGCUGAUGUGUUUUGUUUUUUUUUCUUAGCAUCGAAGCAUAUAAACCUGUUCUAGUAGAAAUCCAAAACACAGUUAUGAUCCUGAAAAUGAGCAUAAUUUGCCUUCUUAAAACAAGAGUAACAAGAACAAUAAUAAAAGAGGUCAUCCAGAAAUAAAUGCCAGUCGUUCUUUUUUAGCGUCAGGGGAAACUUUUGGAAUCAAUGUUCAAAAGGCCUGCUAUUGUUGUGAAGAUGGAAUUUUAAAAAAAAGAAUAAAAGAUUAUACAGUGCAGCUUCAAUCAUCCGAUCCAUCUGCUCCCCUGUAUGUGUGGUGAGAAUGAAAGACUUGAAUUAUUGCCAAAGCACUUUUAUUGUUGUCUAAUUUUAGAGAUGAGGUUGUCGAGGUGAAGCCUGCCAUUAGCCCAGCGUUAUAUAAGUAUGAAGGUAACGCUAACCCAAACUCUUUACUUGAACUUUCUGAUAUUUUUGCUUAACAGGUACACCAAUAUGUUGCUGAUAAUGUGUUUGUUUUUUGGGUUUGUGGCUGAUGUUUUCACAUUAUCAGCCAAUACCAGUAUGCAUUUCUCUAAUGAUCUGAAUGCAAUCAAGAUUAUCAAGUGUUUUUUAGAGACCAUGCUCACUUGUGUCUAUUACUAAUAAUGACAAGAAAAGAAACAGUCACAACUGACCCUUUUUUUUCUUAAAGCUACAAUUACUCAGUGUUGACUGUUUCUGAGAUAUUGUUGCCUCCCAACAUUUCACAAUAACUGCAAAAUAUCCACAAUAACUGAAGUAAUUGACCAGAUUAAUGUGUCUGGUGGCGAUGAAGGUCACAGACUGUAUUAAGUUGAGUUAUACCUUGUUCUCAACAGACACUGCUGUGCUAUAUGAAUUGUUUAGACGAUGUUGGCUGGCUACCAGUUCCAUUAUCUGCAUCGUAAGAGCUGUAUCUUUUGACGCGUGCUUGCUUUCUGGCCAAUGCUUGUUUUCUCCAGCAGAGUCAAUAAUAUCCCAGCCAAUAAGCUAUUGUAAUAAGCUGGCCUAAUAUAGAGGCAUAUUCUCAAGGACUGUUGGGUGGACAACUGGAGCGAGUUCAUAUGCUUGUUGCUUCCUUAUUUACACAAGUGUCAGUAAGAACAAAGCCUGAUAUUUACUGGAUUCAAUGAUUUAUUUUUGCACUGUAUCUACAGAUCUGUGAAAAAAGUUGCAUUUGUGCCUCCUUGUACAUCUAAUGUUUGUAAAGUGUGAGGGCCAUGAUGUGUGAUCUUCAUUCCAUCUCGUUUUCUUUACUGUUUGCUAGGAUAUCAGAGAUAUGUAUCUCUGAAUUAAACUGUUCUGUAGCACAAAUGUUUCACAACCAUGUUUGCAUUUAUUGAGUGAAAUAACAUGUUCUCGUUUCCAUCAAAUCAGAUAUGUUACAGUUUUGUUGAUGCUCUUUUUUGUACAAAUAGUAUAAUGCUUAAUUCAGGGUCUUACAAUAAAAAUUAUUCAAACGCA